AUGGCCGAUAGCGGCGGGGUCCAGCCUACUGAAGAGUUAGACCGCUUUGGAAACUUCUUCCCUCUUCCGUUUCGUGUAGCAAUUCUUCUUGUGGCAGGUAAGCACGAGCCUCAAAUCAGACGGUUGCCUUGGUCGCUAAUGAAAGUGUUACACGGCGCUAGGCUUUUGGGGAUGGGGUAUAAAUCUUCACUACUUGUCCUUGGCGAAAAUAGAUGUUCCAGCCCUAAUUCGAUAUCCUUCACGCUCUUCGCCGCAUCAACUAACGCAUCACCAAUCUACAUACCGUCUGGCAACACUUCUCUCGAUUCCGCUUGGAGUCUUCCUGCUCCUGUUUUGGAUGAUAACCCGUGGCUCGACAGAAAGGCAGAAGCGCAAGAUGGGAAGUUCGGAGAUGUGCUGCUUGCUGAUGCCCUGACGAGUUAUUCCAAGGUACUCGCAGAGAUUUAUAUCAAUUAUUGCAUGUUUUUCUCUUCCGGCAAGUCGAGCACAGGGAAGCCAGAUCGGAUGUGUGGAGGGAGAAUUAUAGUUCCCUUGCUCAUUGCAAUUCCGUAUGCGAUACGAUUCAGGCAGUGUCUGAUUGAGUUCUUUCGUGUGCGACGAGGCGGACAUAGGAAUGAUGGAUGGGGCGGACAGCAUUUGGCCAACGCGCUCAAAUACUCUACAGCAUUUCCCGUGAUUAUAUUCAGCAACUUGGAGCGCAAUUAUAGUCAAGAAACGACCCAUGGACUCAGCGAAGUCACCGUUUCACGUCUAUGGGCCCUCUUUUGCUUCAUAAACUCCGCAUACUCCUUCUACUGGGACGUCACAAAAGAUUGGGACCUGACCCUCCUCUCACCUACCACCCGUACCUGGCAUCGAGAGUACCCAUUCGGCCUCCGUCCACGGCGCAUCUUCCCGCGCGACGAAAUGUACUAUGGCGUUGUUGCAAUCGAUCUAGUGUUACGAUUUACAUGGCUAUCCCGCCUUUCGCCUCAUUUGGAUAAAGUGACUAAUCUUGAAAGUGGGAUUUUUCUGCUUAUGUUUUUGGAGAUUGCUAGACGGUGGAUUUGGAUCUUCUUUCGAGUUGAGACUGAAUGGGUCCGGAGUAAUCGCGGCCCUGCUCUUGACGACGUAUUGUUGAGCGAUUUCAGUGGGAAGUUCGACGAAGACUAG